AUGUAUGAAUAUGCUAUUGGCAGUGAGUUUGUGACCUCCCUGCUUUGCUUGCCGCUGGCCUCUCAGAAGAUGAGUACCCAAGGGGCCCCAGACUGGACAUGUGUCCUUGUAGGGCUGUCGUCGGGUUUCGUGAGAAUAUACACAGAGACGGGAGCUUUACUUUUGUCUCAAAAGUUGCACACAGAACCUGUUCAGCGACUUAAGUGUAAUACCUACACUCCCAGGCGUUACCUUGGCAUUGCAGAACAGCAUGAGGAGCUGCUGAUCCUGUAUGUGACUGCCCUGGUGACUAUAGAUGGCUUCAGUCUGUACCAGGCCCUCAAAGCCUGUAGAAAUCAGGUGGCCAGAGCAACCGCAAGUGGUGAGGCUAGCCUUCAGCCACCUCCCUUGGCCUACAAGAAGUGGGCCCCACAGGACAUGGAGACUAUAGUGGACAUGCACACCACAGGAGUUCACACUCCCAAUCCGUUUGAUCAGAUGGUUCUGGCCUCCAUUGUGUCCCACAAGAACAGUAUACGUCCCGCCCCACCCGCUGCCUCUGUGUACCUUUUGGCCGGCAUAGGGCCUUACACUGGCUUCUUCUAUGCCAUAGAGGGAAGCGCCCAACCUAUUCUGUCUGAAGUAGCCUUUGCUGUAGCCAGUAAACUAAAGUCAGCUAUCAUGUCUGCUGCAAGUGGAUGGUUGAGUUUUGGGUCAAAAGGCAAGUCAGAGACUAGCGGUGAAAAACAACCAAAAAUAGAACCAGCUACACCUUUACCACUGAGAUUUGGUUUACCGGACCAGCGCCGCGAGGGUCUCUGUGUCAGCCUGUCACCUAACAACACAUACGCUGUCACCACAGACAGCUUUGGCAGGGUCAUACUCAUUGACAUCGCUCAGGGAAUAGCCAUAAGGAUGUGGAAAGGUUACCGUGACGCCACUGUGGGCUGGGUCGAGGUCAAGGAGGAGGAAGAGUCCCACUCUCAUGUCAGGCAGUGUCGCAGUGCACAGUUCCUGGUUAUAUAUGCAUCCAGGAGGGGCAUUCUGGAGAUAUGGCUUGCUGGUAAUGGCCCUCGUGUGGCAGCAUUCAACGUGAGCAAGCACUGCCAGCUGGUGUCCAUAUCUCACGGCAUACUCGGUCUUAACAAUGUCACCAGUAAAGGGGUCCGCAUCAAGGCCUUCCAGGUGGCCCUUCUCGACCCUGCAGGUACUCUGAAGACUGUCCAGGUUCCCUUCCAUCUGGCACUCAGUGACAAAAACAACAAAAGAGUAAGAGACAUGCAUCUUCUUAAAAGAUUGAAGGAAAUACUUAGAGAAAACAAAGAGGAAUCAGAAUCACUGGCUGCCCAAGUUCAGGAUUUGUUGCUGAAUAUUAAGAUAUGCAGUAUAGCCCAACAGGGUGUCGACAAGAUUCUUUCCACACCAUAUCUGAGUGCCAAGUUCAUGUUGGGCAUUCUAGCAGCAAUUGUUCAGAGACUCAAAAAUAUAGGCAAGUUGCUUUUUAACCAGAGACUCAAAAAUAUAGGAGAAAAUCAUCGAGACAUUGAGCGUCGCCUGUUUCUGCAGUACUGUCAGCUACAGGAGCGACUCAUACAGACGUACAUAGAGUUGUCUACCCUUCAGUCCACCACACAGGCUGUAGAGCAGCACACACAAACUCUGUCCACACUUCUUGGUCUGAGCGACAGUGAGGUGGAGCACAUGAUGGCCCAGGCCAUUCGUUACCAUGGCAUCCCAGCGGCCAGUCGGGGUGGAGCUCGAGUCACAUUUAAGGAAGACGGUGUGACCAAUGUGGCUGACUUUCUGUUCUGCUUUGCGUGCACCCCACAUGCAGGGGAGAGUGCCACAUCUGGGCCUGGAACUGUGGCUCUGGCUAAAGACUUGACUGAUGAAAAGACGCUUCAAUUAGGGCGGCUGAUGUUUGAGCCAUGUCUAAAGUAUCAGACGUCUGCCACUGAUCUGUUCACUGCCAUUAGAAACUGCCUGGUGCCUACAGAAGAUUUGGCGAGUUUGCUUGUGUGCUCCUGGUUGCAAGAUAAUACAAGAACUGCCAGCCAGGUCCCUGGAUUAUUCUACAUGCUAAAACUCAUGGUUUCUAGUCUAGAUGGGAAAGAUUUGUCUUCCAACCCUGGAGAGGAAUCUCAUCGAUGGCAGAGCUUGCAUCACCUAUGUUGUCAGACAACAAAGUGCCUGUCUGCUUACCUGGCUGCCAUAGUUACCAAGUCAGUUGUCAUGGAUACCUGGGGCUUGAUGCCAAAGAAACCUGAUAAACCAUUGUCUGAUGAUGCAGCAAAAGAUCCUGAUGCCGAUACCAUGAGUAUCUGCUCAGAAACCUUGCCGUCCCCCGUGUUGGAAAGCUCUCCACUGACAGCGAGCGCAGAGGGAGGCAUGAAGACUCCCGCUGAUGUGGAAGCCUGGACUUUACUUGCUCAGCAACUGGGGGAUUUGUUGUGUAUAGACUGCUUUCUGAAGUUGUCUCCCCCUGGUCAUAAACAGGUUGUGAACCUGACGGAGGAGAUAAAAGUCAGUGUACUCACUGUGCUUGAAGGAGGCAAAGGUUGUAUCAGUGAGGUGGUUGCUAGGCAUAUUGCGAGGGUAGGUUUCCAGCCCCAGGACCUAUACCGGCCACUUCAAGAAGAGGCUUGCAGGGAAGCUGGGAGUCAUUUGAACGUUUCUAGUCAGGAAAUAGUCUGGGACCAAAUGGAGUUGUUGAAGAGACGUUUCCCCCAUAGCCUGGAGAAUGACGUUUUGUUUAGUAACAGCAGUUGGGAGUAUGCUGUCCUCUGGAAUAAAGUGCCUGAGGAAGUCAACAAUCUAAAGCAAGCCCUUGAUUUCCUACGCCUAGUACAGAAUGCUAUGCUCAGACAAGGUGUGUGCAGUAUGAUGUGGCACAUGUUCAUAGCAAAGAGGUUUCAAGCCAUAGGUCAGCUGAUGGAAAAGGUAGGGAAAGUACCAAAAGAUCGUCUCUGUAGAAAGGAAAUUGGCAUAAGCGAAACAAGAUUAGGUACCUUUGUGUCCCAGAUCUGUGACUUUUUCACCAUUAUCAUGGAUGCCAACUGUGAGACCAAUGAAGUGCCUGUGUUCAACCUUGAGCCCUCAUGGACUGGGGUCAAAGGAAGCGUGUCUCUGGUAGAGCUGGCAAUAGACCAAAAGUCAACCAAUUAUGGGUUGUUGACUGUGUAUAACCAGCUGUCUACAAUUAUACAUGCUGUGGUUACUUUCAACAUCAAACAAGUCAAAGUACUCUCGCUGUUUGAUACUAAGGGUAGACACGCACUGAGUCAGGAGCUGCAUGCACAUCCCCUGCUGCCUACAACCAGCGUGGACUCCAGUGUGGCUGCCCUACGAAAGCAGUUCUUUACAAGGGUGAUCACCGAGUCAGUGAAGAAGAUGCGAGAGUUUUGUCCCCUGAGCUCUUCUGACAAUGCUGGUUCCCCACCCAGUGUGUCUGUCAGCAAGCUGAGGUCAAGUGAGGCUGGACGCUGGCCGGGCACCAUCCUUGACCUUGCUGACCAGUUUGGCCUUGACCUAGAUCAGCUCAAGCAGCACCAGGUGUGUGAGCUCUACUCUGCUGGCUUUGACAAGCUCGCUGAAGAGGUGCUGGUGACCGUGAAUGACCGCCAGUCCCUGGGUGCCCAGCUGCUGACCAUAUGUGGACAGCGAGUGGCCUACAAGCUGGCUGGCAUGGACGCCCAGAUGAUGGUAGAUCUCAUGUCAAACGUCAACCCUGCCCUAUCCACCUGGCUCAAAGCUAUGAAUGCUGGCUUGCUUCUUCAAGCUGAUGUAGAGACAUCUUAUAUACAGAACCUAAUUCACCAGACUUUAAUUCACCUGUCCGAGGACCACCCACUUCAUGGCAUUGCCCAGGCAUUAGAAUCUCUCUCCCAUGUUUUGUGAUUGGGAC